GGGCCGGGACGGGGCAGGCGGCGGCGGCGGCUCCGCUCCUCUUCGCUUCCCGCCGCUCCGCCGCUCCUCGCCUCACGCCGUCCCGCUCCGCCCGCAGGCAGCCCCGAUGGCCAAGCAACCCCCCGAGGUGAAAGCGCAACGCGACGGCGAAGGCGGGCGGCUACCGCCGGCGGAGGGGCCGGGCCCGGCCGCGCAGCUGCGCCCCGGAGCUCCCGCCGCUCUGCCCGGCUCCGCCGCCACGGCGGGCCCUCCGCCGAGGGGCCCGCCCGCCAGCCCCGGUCCCUUCGCUACCCGCUCUCCCCUCUUCAUCUUCGUGCGGAGGUCGCCGCUGCUGUCGCGUUCCUCCAGCGGGUACUUCUCCUUCGAUGCCGAGCGCAGCCCUGCGCCCCUCAGCUGCGACAAGGCCACGCAGACCCCCAGCCCGCCCUGCCAGGCCCUCAGCCACUGCCUCAGCGCCAUGGCUUCCCGGUGGCAGUCUCACUCGCUAGCAGAAGACGUACAGCCCGAGAUCUGGAUUGCACAGGAGCUGCGGCGCAUUGGAGACGAGUUCAAUGCCUCCUAUUGUCCAAGAAGGGGUUUCUUGGAUAACCAGGCAGGAAACCCCCAGAUCAUCAUUUUGCGCCUCCUGCGUUACAUCAUCCGCCUCAUCUGGAGGAUGCAGACAGCCUGGAGCAGGGGGAUGAGCAGGAUGGGACUGGCGGCCUGAAGACCCCAGAUAUUGGUGCGCAGGGAUGCAGCUGGAAGAGGCGCCGAAGGAUGCCAACCUGGUACAGAUCCACCCAGGGACUUGCCGUGUGGGGUCCGCUCCCCACUGACUGCCACGUCUCCUCCCAGACUGCCCUCCUUGCCCCAGGAAGACCUGACCGGGCCCUUGAUGCCAUCCCAGGGCAUCUCCCCUUCCACCUGGAGACCCUGCCACCUUCCUGGAGGAGCCCUGAGGGCUUGUCAGAAGAAGCAGGUCUGUCGCCUCGGACCCCCUGUGGUCUCCGGUUCAUCAUCUUGCGGGCGGGCGGUUGCUGCAUGGCGGGUGCUUUUGGAGGGAUGGCUGCUCCGGCCACCCCCAUAUCUAUGCACAAAUGUACCCCUCUCUGCCUCUGGAGCUGCCCCUUUCCUCUGACUGGUGCAGGUGGUCCUCAAACCCACUUCCAAAUGCUGCGGUUUUAUUUCUGGUUUCACCAGCACCAUAGGGAAAAAAAAAAAAAAGAAAGAAAAAAAAGAAAAAAAAAUAACCCAAGCCCACAAUAGCGGUUUUUCCUGCAAUGUGCAUGCAGGGAGAAGCUGUUGAGUGCCAUGUGUGAUUAUUAGUGUUUUUAAUGAUGGACAAACUGUACAAUCUGACCUCUAUGCACUGGCUGCCUGUGCCUGUCGGGUAGGUGAAGAGCCGUGGUGUUGGUGCAGGGCUGCGUGCCUCCCAUUGCACUCCUCUGGAGGAUUAUGGAGCGAUUUUUAAUUUUUAUUUUAAAUUUUUUUAUUAUCUUUUUUUGGACCUGCAAGGUGAGCAUCGGUUGCAGGAGCAGGGGAUGUUUUGGAAAGGGUAUUUUGGAGAUGGUGCGGGGAGAACCUUUGCACUGGUGGAGAGCGAGCAGUUAAAACAUCUGGUAAGCUUGGCCAGGGCAGGUUCCUGCUCCUUGUCCCCUUGGUUUUGGCUCACCGUAGGUGUGCUGCCCCAGCCGUGCUCGAGCCAUUCCUUUUUUUCCUGUAGUAUUUAUAUAGAAAACCCCAGUAGGGAGGCUGCUGCCACAGGUUUCCCAUGGGAACCUAUGUGGAAUUGCAUGGCUGUUGAUAAAAUUAAAAGAAAAAAAAAAAAAUUUGGCAGCAGAGGGGGAAACCAAACGAGCUUUUUUUCCUAGCAGAGUUUCAUCCAUCAUCGGUGGAUGAAAUGGUGCUUUCGGGUCUCGCAGCCUUACAGCACCCUGGCACUGCGCCGCCCAGAAUGUGUCCCUUGGAGUACACCAAAGAAACGCCAAGCACUUUACCCCAUCCUCCCUGCCGGGCCACCCCAGCCAACAACGGAGACAAAAAUUGUGUUAAUUUUAAGGGAAAAAAAUCAAGGUAUUGGCACUGCCUGCCCGGGACUUCUCCACAGGAGGUGUUCCUGACCAAAAGGUAGGCAUAGGAAAAUUAGCCCCCAAAACCCAGGUUUCACCCCCGUAGAGUUGUGAGGUUUAAGGAAAAAAAAAAAAAGCCCCAAAAGUCCCUGAAGAGAAGAAUGGUGUUUUUAAAUUGUGAUUAAGCUCAUUUUAGCCACAUUGGCUGACCGCUCUGGGUCAUUUUAAGUAUAACCUGUGGUCUCUGUUCUGCCAAAAGGAUGUGAUGAAGAGUUUUCCUUGGUUGCUGGGAAACCAGAUGUAUUCCCGAGUGAUCUCACACGAUGCGUUAACGCUUCUCCUCUUUUCCAUAACUGUAAAUACCUGAAUAUUUAUUAGAGUAGGGCACCAUAUUAUUUUCAUCAUCUGAGCCAAAUAUCUGUGUGCAAUGUAUUUCCUUUCCUUUCUCUCAUGUAAGUUUUGUACAGCUUAUAAAUAAGAAAAAAAAAAAUUACUUUUUAUCCCUAAACUUUUUUAGAGUUAAACUUGGUAAAUACUGUAGAUUCUUUUUUUUUUUCCCCAGUGUAAUUAAUGCACUCUACUGUUCCAUAAUGCUGUAACUUGUAGAAAUGUUGUAUAUUUAUUUUCUGCUUAUUUAAGUUCCUGUAAAGAUUUUGUUUCCCCCUUCUCUCCUCCCUGCCCCUGCAAUAAGUGAUGAAUCACCUUCCAAAGCACUGUCUUCUCCUGGCAGUGCAACUGAUGUGGUUUGGAUAAUGAGAUUUAUUAUUAUUUUUUUCUCAAAGUGCCUAAGUCCCACUUUCCAGUAGUGAUUUAGGCACACCCAAGACUUCAGCAUUAGUGAAAUUCAGUGGGAAUUUGGCUUCUACAUCCCUGUGAUUUUUGCCAGUCUCCUUUCAAAGCCACAUUUUCUUCCAUCUCAGCCACUUUCCCUGGACCAGCUUUAACAUCAGGUACCGCCCCAGCGCACAUGGAUGUGGUGAUGAAUCACUAACUCGUUUCACAGGACCCAGCGUAUGUAGCAUUUUUACUGCAAUUUCCCUGGCUUACUUGUGUUUUGCACUGAUGAAUUUUAGACAGGGUAAUUGCCACUUUACUUGUGCAAUACUGCUGUAAAUAAUUGCAGAUCUUUUUUUUUUUUUUUUUUAAGAUGCAAUCUUUUAUGUUCUUAAUAUGAGUUUUAUAUGAAUAAAAACUUCCAACUAUUUAUCAUGAGUGCUGUUUUCUUUGGGGGCUUGAGGAUCACCUGAGGAAGGGUUGGGGAGGGGAGAUUUGCUGCUUUAUCACCAGUUCUCCCUGUUUAUCACCCGUUCUCCCCCAGAUCCAGGAUGUGGGUGCCUACCUGGCGUUUCCCUCUGCUCUGAGGCGCUCCGAAGCUCCUGGGACGCUAAAAUGCAUCUGUUAAAUGAAGCUGGUUUGUAAGAUGUUGCCUUGAGUGUUCCCAAACCCAAAAGUGGCACCACUGCUGCCCCAGCUGGGAGUGCUUGGGGUUUUUGUUGGGUUUUUUGUUUGUUUUUUUUUUUCCUUUUCCCCACAUUUAUGGGG